CGCUUCCCAUUCUGCAGUCAUUGCUCACCCUGUGUGUGACAGUGAGUUGUGUUGGAACGUGGGUGGGCUGGGUGUUUAAGUAGAACGGUGCCGUUUGGGGGCCCAGAAGGACAGACAGCACGGAGCUACAGACACAAUGCUGCUAAGGGCCCUCCAUGUGGGGCUCCUCCUGCUGCAGCUCUCUGGGGCACUGGGGGCAAAGCUGCAAUAUGCAGUCAUCUUCCCCUCAGAGAUGGUCUCCCCCCAAUCUGAACAAGCCUGUGUGCACCUGGAGGGGGCAGAUGGAGGCAGCAGGAUACACAUCACCCUGGAGAUGGGCAAACGUAACACAACGGUGCUGGAGAAGACAUCACAGCAGAAAUCCUACUUCAGAUGCAUUACAUUUGAGGUGCCGCCUCCCACUAAUGGGAAUGAAGAAGUGGCCACCAUGCAGGUUUCCAUUGAGAGUGGAGGGGAGACAAUAAGCAACAGCCGUAGAGUUCUGGUGAAGAGAGCAAGAACCAGUCUUUUUGUUCAGACGGACAAAGCUGUAUACAAACCAGGCCAGACAGUGAGAUUUCGAGUGGUUUCCCUUAAAGAAAACCUGCAACCAGAAGAAAGUCAGGUGCCAACCAUUGAAUUACAGGACCCAGGGAAGAACCGUAUUGGCCAGUGGCUGAACGUGAGUCUCCAGCAAGGAAUCGCUGAGCUCUCACUGCCCCUCUCUUCCGAGCCCUCAUUAGGAGAAUAUUCCAUUCGUGUAAAGGACACUGUCCAUCGCUUCAGUGUGGAAGAAUACGUUCUGCCCAGAUUUGAGGUCACUCUCCAACUCCCCAGAGUGGUUGCUGUUAACAGUAAACAAUUCGCUGUUAACAUCUGUGCCAGGUAUACUUAUGGGAAACCAGUGCAGGGAACCUAUAAGGUCAAUGUGUGCCGGAAGCAUUACAGCUACAGAACCAUGGUUGCCAGUGACCAAGGGAGAGAUCUUUGUGCCGAUUUCAGUGGAACGCUGAGUCAGUCCGGUUGCUCCACCUUGGAUGUGCAGUCUUCUACCUACAAUCUUCUAUUAAGCGAAUGGCAGUUGAACCUGGAGGGGACUGGCUCAGUUCUAGAAGAUGGGACAGGAAUUGAGAUUUCUGCAUCUGGUAGAUCCCAGAUUUCAAGCCAACUCACCACUGUGACCUUCCUGGAUGCUGACGAUACUUACAAGCCUGGAAUCUCAUAUAUUGGCACCGUGAAGGUUGUAGAUGCCAGUGACACCCCCAUCCCAAACCAAACAGUGUAUCUGACCAGUUUAGAUGGAAUGGUGAACCAGACCUUGGAGACAGAUGAGAAUGGACUUGCUCCCUUCAAACUAGAGAACACAGCAGAGUGGAAGGUUAAGGUGUUCCUGACGGCCAAGAUACAAAAAGAAGAGCCUUUAAGAAAGUAUCAAUAUGGUGUCAUAAACCCAUCACAUGGGUCAGCGUUUCUUACAAUCAGCCGCUUUCAUUCCCUCAGCAACAGUUUCCUAAAACUUUACGCCCAGAAGGGGGAGCUUCUCUGUGAAGGGCAACAAGAAGUCCGGGUGGAAUAUCUUAUCAAGCGCACUGUGCUGGAAGAGGGGGCAAAGCACUUGGAGUUACACUACUUGACAGUUUCUAAAGGGGCCAUAAAGGAUUGUGACUUUUUGGAAGUUCCAAUAAAUAAUGAAGAUGAAGUCCUGAGGGGUGAGGUCUCCAUCAAGCUCGAUCUCAGCGCCGACGUCUCUCCGACUCUUCGAGUUCUUACCUACAUUUUACUCCCUGGUGGAGAUAUGCCGGCAGAUUCAGCAACGUUCAAGCUACAAAGGUGUUUUAGGAACAAGGUAUCAGUUGGCUUCUCCCCAGAUGAAGUUCUCCCAGGAGCUGAUGUUUCCCUACAAGUCCAGGCAGCCGCCGGGUCCCUGUGUGGCCUGAGAGUGGUGGAUCAGAGUGUGGUGUUAAUGAAACCUGACAAAGAACUGACGGCCAAUAAGAUUCAUGAUCUCUUCCCCUCCCGUGAUUUUGGGAAUUAUGAUUAUCGGAUUCAGGAAUAUGAUGAUCACUGUCCGUUCUUUCCUUAUUGGCGACCUUGGAACCGAUUUUUCAAACGUUCUAUUCAACCGUGGCAUUUUCCAGAGGAACGUGAUGUCUACAGUCUCUUCAAGAAAAUGCGGAUAAAAAUAAUCACCAACGCUGACAUUAAGAAACCUGUGGAGUGUCAACAUUAUGAUUUUAGGGGGCCAGGGCUUCCGGGGAUGCCAGGGAUACCAGGAGACCGCAGAGUUGUAAUGGCUUCUCCUAGUAUUGAGAGGGACGUCAUGGUAGGGGCAGCUAUGCCAGACACGAUCCAACAACCAGAGCCUGAGGCAGCUGAAAUUAUCCGAACGUACUUCCCAGAGACGUGGAUAUGGGAGCUGGCGCCUGUGGGUGAGUCGGGUAGAGCCGAGGUCCAUGGCUCAGCCCCAGACACCAUCACCGAGUGGAAUGCAGGAGCUUUCUGUAUGGGACCCAGUGGGUUUGGCAUCUCCCCACCAACCUCCCUUCGAGUCUUCCAGCCCUUCUUUGUGGAGCUCGCUCUGCCAUACUCUGUGGUGCGAGGGGAGUCAUUCACUCUCAAGGCCACUGUGUUUAACUACCUCAAGCAGUGUAUAAAGGUUCAGACCAUCCUGCUGCCUUCACAAGAGUUAGAGCUGGAACCAUGUGCCGACUGUCAGUAUAGCAGCUGUCUCUGCGCAGAGGAAAGCAAGACCUUCUACUGGAACCUUAAAGCCUCCAACCUGGGGGAGGUGAAUGUGACGGUAAAGACGGAGGCUCUGGAUACUCAGGACUUGUGCAAUAAUGAAUUCCCUAUUGUCCCCAAGCAGGGGAGGUCGGACACUGUGGUUAAGCCACUACUGGUUCAGCCGGGGGGAGUCCUGAUAGAGAAAUCUCACAGCUCUCUGCUCUGCUGCCAAGCUGGAGAAGAUCAUCCUAAAACAGAGGAGAUAUCUCUUAAGGUUCCUGAAAAUAUUCUGAAGGAUUCAGAAAGAGCAUAUGCGACAGUCCUAGGAGACCUGAUGGGAACAGCCAUGCAGAACCUGGGCCGGCUUCUGGCCAUGCCAUAUGGAUGUGGGGAGCAGAACAUGGCCCUCUUUGCCCCCAAUAUCUUCAUUCUUCAGUAUCUGACAAAGACUCGCCAACUGACCCCGGAGGUCCAGAGCAAAGCCAAAGGAUUCCUUGAAAGCGGGUACCAGAGGCAGCUGACAUACAAACGCAAUGACGGCUCAUACAGCGCAUUUGGACAGAGGGACAAAGAAGGCAACACAUGGCUGACUGCAUUUGUAGUGAACUCCUUCAGCAAGGCUCGUCCCUACAUCUUCAUAGAUGAAAGCCACCUCAACCAUUCAUUCUCUUGGCUGAGGGACAAUCGUAAUGAGAGCGGCUGCUUCCGGAGUGUGGGGAGACUCUUCAAUAACGCUUUGAAGGGAGGAAUAGAUGAUGAAACCUCUCUCUCUACUUAUGUAACAAUGGCUUUGCUGGAAGCUGGGGUAUCUGUACAGGACCCAGUGGUGGCAGAUGCUUUAUCCUGCCUGAGGAAGGCUGCCAAAGAUGUGAGCAGUGUGUACACCCAGGCUCUGCUGGCCUACACUUUCACUCUGAGUAAAGAUAUUGAACUCAGGGAGAUGCUACUGGCUAAACUGGAGGAGAAGGCUGUGAGGAAUGAAGGACAGUUACACUGGGAGAGGAAACCUGCCACAGUGCCCUCUGACCUCCCAUACUGGUACCGCGCUCCCUCAGCCGAGGUGGAGUUAACCUCCUAUGUGCUGCUGGCCCAUCUCUCUGGCCCCAACAAGGACCUGGGCAAAGCUUCUGAGAUAGUCAACUGGUUGAGCAAGCAGCAAAAUCCUUAUGGGGGGUUCUCUUCUACUCAGGACACGGUUGUAGCUCUACAGGCUCUUGCUAAGUAUGGUGAGGCCACAUUCACUGACAAGGGAGAUGUCACAGCCACAGUUACUUCCAAGACUGGGUUCCAUCAACAGUUCCAUGUGGAUCAGACUAACCGGCUCCUGCUACAGAAAGCCUCACUGCCAGAUAUCCCUGGGGAGUACUCUCUGUCAGCCACUGGGAGCGGCUGUGUGUAUGUACAGACUGUCCUGAGAUACAACAUUCCCCCACCUAGAAGUGACGCCACCUUCUCAGUACGAGUGGAGACAGAACCAGACAAAUGUCCUCAAGAUCAACUAAAAGUGCUGAAGAUAAGCAUGACUGCCCAAUAUACAGGAUCUCGGGAGAAAUCCAACAUGGCGGUGAUCGAGUGUAAGAUGCUCUCUGGAUUUAUCCCAGUGAAGAGCUCAGUCAGAAAACUGGAGAAGAGCAGAACCAUAAAGCGGAGUGAGAUUCUGACAGAAAUGGUGACAUUAUACUUAGAUGAGCUGGGACAUGAGCCGCUCCAUCUCUCCUUCAUGGUGGAACAAGACAUUGUGGUGAAGAACCUAAAGCCGGCCACGGUGAAGGUCUAUGAUUAUUAUGACACAGAAGAAGAGGCAGUUGCCGAGUACAACUCCCCCUGCGGCUCCGAUGGAGACAAAGGCAACGCAAAAUGAGAUCUCUACAGGCACCAUUAGCAGAUGCAUGAGUGGAACAAAAACGUUACAAUAUAUUUGCAAAUCAUGAAAUUAAAUAUUUUUGUCGCUUUC